AUAAUCAUCAGGUUGGUAGUUCGUUCAGUCGAGAAAAUGCAAUUCGCGGUGGCUCUUUAAUUUUAUUAAAUAAUACACUUAAAUUUAAGGAACGUAAAGAUAUUGUGAGCCUCUCGGUUGAGCGAACAAUAGAAAUCGCCUGUGUGGAACUGGAGCUCUAUUUUUGAAUCACUCGCCUUGCGCCGAACGCUCGAUUUCUACUAAUUUUCAUUCGACAUAAUUAAUUCCGUAUUUUUGAAUCGCUCGAGUGCAACGAAUGGGUGAGAUCACUCGUUGCAUGGCGAAUGGUGGAGGCGAAUGAUAGAAUAAUUGUCAAAUUUGUGUCAGACGUCACGUCAGUGUCAAACUUAUUUCACUUUUGCAGUUUUUCGUCAUCUUUCGUUGUUUACUGUGCUAUUGUUUGAAUUUAUGACCAUUUCUUAAGACUACCCUUGCAUUCUUAACUCCGACCACUGAUCAAGUAUCCCGCGCUCACGAUUACUUUGGCUAGACACACGGACACCGAUAUUUGCAUCCUGACUCCGACAUCCCGCGCACACGAUUACUUUGGCUAGACACACGGACACCGAUAUUUGCAUUCCUGACUCCGACGUCCUGCCUUACGAUUACUUUGGCAAACACACGGUCACCGAUAUUUGCAUCCUGACUCCCUCAUCCCGCGCUCACGAUUACUUUGGCUAGACACACGGACACCGAUAUUUGCAUUCCUGACUCCGACGUCCUGCGCUAACGAUUACUUUGGCAAACACACGGUCACCGAUAUUACAAAAUGAAUCUAGAAGAAUUCGCGAUUUACCAUGGCUAUGCCAGCAGUGGGGAUGAGGAUGAGGACAUGCAGCAAGAAGGUGCAGCAAGACAAGAAAGAAGCAAUGCAUUCUCUUCAACAGACAGAGAUUUUAAAUCUAAUUAUAGGCUCACUAAAGACCUUGCCCGGCAGCUAAUUGAAAUGCUUAGGCCAUUAAUGCGCCCAGCCAGACGAUCUUCUGAUCUUUCCGUUGAGACUAAGGUACUUGUAGCAUUGAAUUUCUUUGCCAAAGGCUCAUAUCAGAGUUCGAUUGGGAACCAUAAGAAUGCCCAAAUUGCACAGGGCACUGUUUCAAACUGUCUAACGGAGGUGACAGAUGCUUUAAACCAUCCCUCAAUAUUUGGACAGUGGGUAAAAUUCCCGAGCAAUAUUGCAGAAAUGAUGGCCAUAUCACAGCAGUUCUAUGAAAUUUAUAGACUGCCAGGUGUAGUGGGGUGUAUAGACUGCACCCAUGUUGCAAUUCACCCACCACCAAAUAAUGAACAGUAUGAGGAAGCAAUUUAUGUUAAUAGAAAGGGAUAUCAUUCUAUUAAUACUCAGUUGAUAUGUGAUGCCAAUUUACGCAUUAUCAAUGUCAAUGCAUUGUUCCCUGGAGGAACACAUGAUUCAUUUAUUUGGAAUCAAAGUAAUGUUUUACCUGUUAUGGAACAACUGCAUAGAAAUGGAACUGGAAGAUUUUAUCUAAUAGGUGACAGUGGGUAUGGUCUACGCCGGUGGCUCCAUACGCCAAUCCAAGAACCACAGGGUGCUGAACAAAAUUAUAACGACGCGUUUAAAAGUGCUCGGGCAACAAUAGAACGUUGUAAUGGAGUGCUGAAGUCUCGCUUCCGUUGUUUGCUUAAGCACAGGGUGCUGCAUUACUCACCCGAAAAAGCAUCAAAAAUAAUAAACAGUUGUUGUGUAUUGCACAAUAUGUGCAUCAGGCACAAUAUUGAUGAUGAUGAUGUUGUUAGUGAUGAAGAAGGCUAUACAAAUAUUGAUUUUGGGAUCCUCGACCCAAUUCCCCACCGAAACCGCCGAAAUGCGGACCUUAUUGCAGGCGAAGUGUUUAGAAAUAAUAUUGUAAGGACUUACUUCUAAAUAUAAUUUAUUUACAUUAAAUCACAGUUUUCUUUUAUUCAACAAUUAACUAAACACAUUUUUCAACAAGUAACUCUUCAAUUCAACAAAUCACAGUAUUCUUUUAUUAAACUAAACAUACAUUGUAUUUAUAUAACAAUUAAGUCUCAGUUAAUCACAAUAAAUCACAGAUUUCUUUUUAUAAUCUUCAACUUCAAAAAACGACCAGUUCAACCCUUAUGUAAGUAAUAUUUUUUUGGUAAUUAUACAUAAUAACAAAAAAUAAAUUAUUUUUUAUAAAGGCUAGCAUCAACGUCUUGGUUGAAUUAGCAAAUGGACAGAUUCUCAUUUUGCCGGAAUACAAUUAACAAGAAAAACGCUUAGUUUAUGACAAAAACCCCAAGUUUUUUUCUGCUAUAGAUUUAAAAAUACUAAAGAAACGAAUCAAUUAAAUAUUGGAAAAACUAAUUAUAACUAUCAUAACACAAUCAGAUAAAAUUAGUCCAAUUUGUUUGUCUUUUUGGAUGUCACUUUAAAUUGCUGAAUGUAAUUGUUUUAAUCUUGGCCUUCUGUAGCAAUCUCAAAACUAAAUGGAAAGUUGGUUAAGCAAGUAUUUCUUUAAACAAUUGACUAGAAUAACAAAUAUGUUAUUAUUACUAUGUAUUUCUCCAUAUUUUACUGUACUGCUCCAGCGAAAUGUGAAUCUGUCCUUUUGCUAAUCCGACGAAAUCCAAACAAAUAAACUAAAGUAAUUUUUUAACAAGUGAUAAAUGAUGACUUACAACAACACAAUUUUCUUAUUAUUUACAAAAAUCACAAUUUUCUUAAUAUACUAAUAACAUAAUUUAAAAAUAAGUUCUUAUUGCCUAUUACAAAAAUUUACCAAUGCCUGGCUAAUAUUUUCCAGUGCCACAGUCUGCCUUUGCAUGUUUUCAAUAAAGGCAGCAUACAUUUUCUUCUUUUCUUGUGCUGCUUCCUUUUU